AUGAGCAAGCAAAAGUCGACAACAACUAUUAUCAGUGAUGCAGCAGCAACAUCUAGUACCACCGCUAUUACCAACGCGAACAAUCAUGCUGCUAUGCUGCCGCGACCUAUGCGUCGUCUGCUUCAAAACUGGCUGUUGGUAUGGCUGGAUACCAGUUUCGAUGAAUUCAAAGACGAGUAUAAAAAAUCAAUGGAACAUAUACGUGAUAUUUUAGCAUCAGCCAUUAUAUUUACAGACGUUGACGAAUGUGUCGCUUUUCUCAGUGACGUUGAAAAUCAAAAAGUGUUCAUGAUUUUGUCGGAUGCGGUAGGACAAAAUAGAAUACCACAAAUUCAAGAAUGUUCACACUUAAUCUCUAUUUAUAUUUUAUGUGGCAAUCAAUCGAGUCAUCAAGAAUGGACCAAAGUAGUACCUAAGGUAAAAGGCGUGUACACACAAAUUGAACCGAUCUGUGAUGCUUUACGAAUCGAUCAUGAAAUUUGUGAUCGAGCUAUGAUACCGAUUAGUUUUAACCGUAUUGACCCAUUAUUCAUGUAUACACAAUUGUUGAAAGAAGCACUUUUGGAUAUAGAAGAUGAUGAUGCAAAAUGUAUUAAAGAAUUCGCUGAAUACUGUCGUCUUGAAGGCGAUACUUCCGAAAAAACACUUGAAAAGAUCGAAAAAGAAUAUUGUAGUCAUUCAGCCAUUUGGUGGUAUACGGGUCCAUAUUUUAUCUACUCAAUGCUCAAUUGUGGCCUUCGACGAAUGGAUGUCGACAUCAUUCUUAAAAUGGGUUUUUUCAUCCGACAUCUACAUAAUCAUAUUGCAGAAUUACAUCGUCAACAACAAGAUAGUGUGCAAACAAACUUUCAAGUUUUUCGUGGACAAGGUUUAUCCAUAGAGGACUUUGAUAAAAUGAAAAAAACCAAAGGAGGACUUAUGUCCUUCAAUAAUUUCCUGUCAACGAGUCGUAAUCGCGACAUUUCUCUGAACAACUUUGCACAAAUAGCUUUAAUGAAUCAAAAUUCAGUAGGCAUUCUCUUCAUUAUGAAUAUUGACACAGCUAUUUGCACACAAUCAUCAACACCAUUUGCCGAACUGAGCGAGAGUAGCUACUUCAAAAAUCAAGAGGAAGAAAUACUCUUCUCAACACAUACAAUUUUUCGUAUUGAUAGCAUUGAACGAAUCGAAGACGACAGUACUGAUCGCUUGUGGCAAGUUCAUCUCACUAUCGUUGGUAAUCAAGAUGAUGACUUCAACAAACUCACAGCACAUCUACGAGAAGAAUGCAUGUGGGCAACAGGAUGGGCUCGAUUCGCUCAUAUACUUAUUCAACUUGGUGAGCCUGCAAAAGCAGAACAUCUCUAUCAGAUGCUCCUCGAAAACGCCACUUCCGAUAAACAACGAUCAGAUUAUAAUCUUCAGCUUGGUGCAGCAUAUCAAAACAUGGGCGAGUACUCAAAAGCACUUUCAUCUUACGAGCGAUCUCUUGAAAUCAAUAAAAUAGCUCUCCCUCCGAACCAUUCCGAAUUGGCUACGUGUUACAACAAUAUCGGUGGAGUGUAUUAUAGAAUGGGCGAGAUCCAGAAAGCACUUUUAUUUUUCGAACAAGCACUUCAAAUCCAGAAAAUAGCUCUCCCUGCAAAUCAUCCCUCUUUAGCUUCUUGCUACAGCAACAUUGGCACUGUGUAUGCCAACAUGGACGAGUACCCGAAAGCGCUUUUGUCGUACGAACAAUCACUAGAAAUCCGAGCAAUAGCUCUUCCGCCGAAUCAUCCUGACUUGGCUAUGUCCUACAACAAUAUUGGUAAUGUAUAUGUUAACAUGGGCCAGUACUCGAAAGCACUUUCCUCAUACCAGCAAGCAUUUGAAAUCCGAGCAAUAGCUCUUCCGCCGAAUCAUCCUGACUUGGCUGGUUCGUACAACAACAUCGGUUUGGUGUAUUGUGACAUGGGCGAGUACUCGAAAGCACUUUCAAUGUACGAGCGAUCACUGGAAAUCCAGAAAAUAGCUCUCCCUUCCAAUCAUCCCUUGUCAGCUACUUCCUACAACAACAUCGGUAAAGUGUAUGAUAAAAUCGGCAAGCUUUCUGAAGCACUUUCAUCGUAUGAACGAGCAUUUGAAAUCGACAAAGCAACUCUCCCUCCGAAUCAUCCGCAUUUGGCUAAUUACUAUAACAAGAUUGGUAUGUUGCAUACAAAAAUGGGUGACUACGCCAAAGCACUUUCAUCUUACGAACAAUCACUUGAAAUUCAUAAAAUAGCUCUUCCUCUAAAUCAUCCCGACUUGGCUGCCUCCUACAACAACAUCGGUGUAGUAUAUUUCAACAUGGGCGAGUAUCCGAAAGCACUUUCAUUGUACGAACGAUCACUAGAAAUUCGAGCAAUAGCUCUCCCUUCGAAUCAUCCCAGCUUGGCUGCUUCCUACGACAACAUCGGCAGAGUUUAUGAUAAAGUCGGCGAGCUCUCUGAAGCACUUUCAUCAUACGAGCGAGCACUUGAAAUCAAGAAGAUAACUCUUCCUUUGAAUCAUCCCGACUUGACUAAGUCCUACGGUAACAUUGGUAUAGUAUAUGAGAAGAUGGGAGAAUACUCAAAAGCGCUUUCAUUUCUCGAACUAACACACGAUAUCUUCAAACAAAGUCUCCCUCCAACGCAUCCCGAUGUUGUAAAAUCACAAAGAGAUAUUGAAAAUCUAAAGAAAAAACUUUGA